UGGGUGCAGCUGACUAUUCUGCUAGCAGCCAGAGGACUGUGGACUUUGAUACGUUGUCACACCAAUUACACAAAGGUACUGGUGUUGAGAGAAGCUGCUGAAGAUCAUCGAAUUGUAUUGAUGAGAAUGACGGAUUUGGGAAUUUCACUGGCGCUACUGGCGUUGAUUGUGCUUAUAUGCGAGGCGACGCGCAAACUGAUCUCGCACCUUUUCUCCCGCAAGGAUUAUGGGAUUUACCUGAUGGAAAUUGUAUCCACAUACCAGCUUUGCGCAUGUACACACGAACUCAAAGUACUUGGCGAAGUGGGUCGAAUAGAACCACAAAUAGGACUCACAAUGACUUACAUCAUCACGGUGGUCCACAUACUAACUUUUCACGGGGCAUUUUGCAACCCAAAUGCUGCUCUCGAGAGUGUUUACCGUAAAAAUAUCACAGGCAUAAGCGCUAUAGCGCGGAUAGGCUGUAUGUUUAUAGGAGGAAAAGCUGCGUAUCUCAUCGCACCCCACAUCUGGUUCAUUGGUCUGUCUGACCACCAUCUCAGGCACGCAAGGUUCGGAUUUAAAUGCUUUAGUCCCAUCAAUGGGUCUCUGUUGGAGGCUGCUGGUGUAGAGAUUGCGUGUACUUUCGCUGUCCAAGCCACGGUCAUGCACCUUCAUAAAGUAAACAAGAGAUUCCAUGCCCAUGUCAUCGCCACUGUCAUUACAGCGCUGGUAUUCUCAGGGGGUCAUAUUUCAGGGGCUGUUUUCAACCCAGUCUUGGCGUUCUCGGUUCAGUUUCCCUGCAGUGGACACACCUUCCUGGAAUACUCUUUGGUUUACUGGCUUGGGCCAGUUACAGGCAUGGCAAUGUGCAUCCUGCUCUUUGACAAAGUCAUCCCAUUUGUGUUUGGGAAAAGCACAACAGGACUUGGCUUCCCUGUCCAGAAGAAGAUACAGUAACAAACAGAACAACAGCUUACCUUUCCAUUAAACACUAGCAAGUGGUCAAAAAAAACAGUGGGCCACAUAUCAGGGGGGUAAUGCAGAAAGAUUUAAUUGUGGCUUUGACCCCUUCAUCUCAGCACUACUUGAAACAAAAAUGAAAGCCACUCAACAAUUUUAAAUGAAAACAAAAGCAAAACGAAGUCAGUAUUCCAUGUUCAGGGCUAAUUCCGUUUAUGUGCUAUAUUAAAACAGGGGAGAAACUGCCCAGAACAAUGAUUAGCACCUUUUAUAACCUGAAUGGGUUGAGCAUAGAUUAUCAAGUUUGGUUUGCAUUGGUUUGUUUUGAAAUUGUUCUGAGUGUUGCAUUUGUUUUUGUCUUUUCAUCAGUUCAUCGUUUCCCCAUGUUAUUACUAGAGGCAAAGAAUGAAUGUACCUCCUGGAAGAUGUUGAUAAGGGGCUGUGUGAUUAUAGUUUUGUUAAUGAAUAUGCCCCAACAGCAUUUUUAAUAUAAGAUUGUGUCCUGAGAGAAGCGUCCCUGGAUAUCCAGUCACUAAAUGCUACCAGCAAUUUGCUUGUAGGUUUACUGGUCCUUUAAUAGCACAAAACGAUGUCCAGUAUGAAUGUUAGUGAAUCUCAAAUGGUCAUGAACACAUUAACUGAAAUGAGCCAUCUAGUCUGGAUGACUACAGUAUUGGAACAUACAGAUGACAGGACGGACUGAGCUGACAGGGAGGCCACCUGUGCCUCAGGUCAUCAGUCAGUGUGACAUACCUGAAAUGUUUACACCCCUUUGUGAAGCACAUUUGGAGCCAGGUGUGUCCUUCACAGUGCUUUAAGCAUCCUGGUUUAAAUAUGAGAAAUUAUUAAAGGUUAAUCCUCAGUUCUGGUCUCCGCAGGGAGAUACAGUAGUGCUCAAAUGUUUGCAUACCCUUGAAGAUUUGGUAAUAUAUGUACCAUUUUUUAAGAAAACACGAG